UUUGGUCUCCAUGGCAACCGGCGUUGCUGUGAGACGCGAGGCCGCGACGAGGCGGGCUCCACUUCAUCUUCACGUGGCGCGACAUCUUCACGUCUUCACAUCUUCACUUCUUCACGUUGCUGACGAAUUUAAAACAAAACCUUGUUGAUGGCCACAUGGAGGUGAAAUGCGGUGGAAGUCCGUGCGCUCCUCGCCCGAGAGCGCGGAGACCCGGGGGGGCACGGCCAUCUGGGCAAGCGGCAGCGACGUUGAGCAGGUUUGCAAGUGGGCGGUCACGGAGUCGCCCGGAUGCCAAGGGCUUGGAGGAGAAAAGGGGCAUUGGAGGAGCCACAAGCCGGACGGCGGGUGUCAUAGACCCGCAUCGUCUGCUCGUCCAAGCUCGCGAGGCCAGCUUCAGUAACAUUUACACCCUAGAGCUGCAUGCAGAAGGCAUCAAGAAAAUAGAAAACCUGGAAAAGUUUACACGGCUGAGGUCAUUGGACCUUUCCUGCAACUACAUCAAGUCUAUUGAAGGGUUGGAGCACCUGAAAGACCUCCGGGAACUCAAGUUGUAUGGAAACAAGAUAACCAUCAUUCAGAACCUCAGCCGGCUCAAUGAACUUCAAAUUUUACAUCUCCAACACAACCAAAUCAUCAAAAUAGGCACUGCUUUGGAAGGCAAGCAGAAGUUAAAGGAGUUGAGGCUGGACAGCAACCGCCUGUCCCGGCUGUCGCCCAAAGAAGUGGCUCAGUUGAGCAGCCUGCAGACACUCGAUAUCAGCCACAACCAGCUGACUGACGUCACGGCGGUGUCUGUUCUGCCGAGUCUUGAAGAGCUCCAGGCAUGUGGAAAUCAGCUGAGUGGCAUCCCAGAGCUCAGCUGCUGUGAGCAACUGAAGGUCCUGGACCUCGCCGACAACAGAAUAACACAGACUGUUGAUCAUAUCAGCCUUCCCAAGCACCUCAAUGCACUGAAUCUAUCAGGAAAUGUUCUAAGUAGCCUUGAAUCAUUUGGAAUCUUAAGCUCCUUGCAGGACCUUGACUUGUCAUGCAACAAGAUACAGACUCUAAGAGACAUUUCUGAGCUGUUCCCUCUUCUGGAGACACUGAACAUUGCAAACAAUUUGGUCAGCUCUUGGCAAGACCUGAAACUUUUAGGCAACUGCAUGAACUUACUGGAGCUGUGUGUGAAUGGAAAUCCAGCAAUCACAUCCAACAAUGAGCACAGCAGGUAUCAGCAGGAGCUCACGAAGAUCCUCCCACAUUUGGAGAUACUUGAUGGGGUAUCAGUCACAUCAAAGCAAGGAUCCACAGCCAUAAACAUAAGGCCAUUGACUGCCAAUAGUGCAAUGAUUUCUCAGAAACUUGUGGGACAGAUGGAGUCUUUGGAAGGGCAGAUGGAAGCCACACUCGGGUCUCUCCAGCAGAGGUUCAGUGAAGUCAGAUGCCUUGUCGUGAACUCAUUACCCCAAGUGUCGCCACCCAGACCAACAUCAGGACCAAGUAACAAUAAGGAAAUGGAGUCAUUCAGGCUUUCCAGCCAGUGCAGCAGUCGUAAACGCAUAGAAGACGCUAGAAAGUUUGCAGCAGAUCACGACGGACAAGCUUAACUGCGUUUGACAUCUGGAUCAAGUUUACAUGAAAAUCGUUGAAACCAUUAUUUUAACGGAAUAUAAAAAAAUUGGUGCCACUGUUUUUCAUCAGACACCACUACCGUGUAGGCUGCACCACGCACAAAUGCAUAGCAGUCAACUUUUUGACAAAAGCACACAGACAAUACACUUACCGAUAAAAAAGGAAAGGGAGACCACCAAGAAAAAUGCUGCCAAGUGAGCAGGUGGAGUUGCCGAAUCGUGCAGCGUCACAGACUGCUUUGUGAAACGGUGCUCAAAUCUUCACACAUCGAUAACAAACAACGCCAAAGAGCAGCCCAUGAUGGAGCAGGUUGCACAUCUAGAAAUCGUGACAGUGGUAUUUUUCCAGGUUGUAGUACUGUGUCACGACCACGCGGUUGGCAAACUUGCGGCCGCUCAGCGCCUGCUGGGCCCUCUGGCAGUCGAGUAGUGACGCAAACUCCACAAAGAUCUGUUAAAGUACAGAGAAGGCACAGGGAACGGGCCACAUUGGCCACAGGGCAUGAAGUUAAAUCAAAGCACUAUGGAUCAGUUGAGUUCACAAAUAUUUUAAUGUAGUUCAGGUCAUAGGUCUUAAAUCGCUCAUUGUCAAUACCAUAGGUCCCUGGUUCCUUCCAGUCAAGAGUUCAUUUCUGCGAUUUAAAUAUUACUCGAGAAAAUCUUUGACCGACAAGACCCGCAGAUGGAUAAAUUAAAUCUAUUAUAAUGUAGACAUUGUUUAAUGUGCAGAAAGCGGUGCAGGUGCAGCAGGCCGUCCCUCAGGUGUUAAUAAGGCAGCAGCAGCGCGUGCGUGCGCCCUCACCUUGCCGCAUCCCGGGAUGUCGAGUCCGUUGACGGGUCGCGGGAUCUCUACGGAGCGCACGGAUCCAUACUUUCCGCACUCCUCGCGGAUGUCCUCCAAGAUGUCCUCGUAUUCCUCGUCGUCCACCAACUCCUCAGGGGUCACCAUGUUCAUGAGGCACAGCACCUCUGUGGGCAAGCCGCUGUGCUGCACCUGACUCGAUGCCAGCCCCGGAACUUGCAGCGUCACGGGCGUCUGCACCACCACCGUCUGUUGGUGUGCACGCAAGCACACGCACGCACAGGUGUUGAAGCACAUACUAGUGCAAGCAGAUGAUACUGUUCAUUAUUGGUAAAGUUCAAUUUGUCAGUGGCUGCCCAAAUUUAAGUUGACUUAAGACAUUUUUUUACUCAAAACUGUAAUUAUAAAAACUUUACAAAAAUUAUAUUCUUAAAAGUCCAUUCAAAACAAAACCACUCAUCAUUACAUUAAAAAAAUGUGUACAUCAAUAUGCUUGUGCGUUAACCACGAGUGUUAUUAUGGCUUUAACAUUUAAAUUCACCAAAUGCAAUUAAAGUUUCCAAUUAUAGACGAAGUUAGGUGACCUCUACAUAGACUCCCAUUUUUGUUGAAGGCAGUUUUUACAACAUAUGAGUGGCACUCACUGAAACUGGCUUCCCCAGCCUUACCACUAGCACUUUAAAAUGAAUGUCGAAAGUUCAACCUCCAAAUGGUAAAUUUAAUGUGGGAAUACAAACAAAAUAUUUUUCAUAUUGACAAAUAUAUUUAUCAAGCACAUCACAAGUAAUGCAAAUUGCAUAGAUUUUACUAUUGUGUGCUUGUGUUUAAAAUAAUCUCACUAAGUGCAUUAGCUGCAAGAUUUUUCUUUAAACAAUCUAAAUUCUCAGAUUCAACAAGUAGUGUAUGCAUGUGCCAUACCACGCCGUCUGUGUCAGGUGCUCCAAAUACCGGGUUGGCAUUCUUGGCCCCCACGCUGGCUCGCUGAACAAUCAGCUUCUUGUCACCCAGCUGCAUGCCAUUCAGUCCUGCAAUAGCCUGCACAUGGGAGCAGAUUGACAGCGUGUGAGGAAUAGUCGCAGAGUGGCUGGAUGCUCUCUCUUGACUGGUACUGGAACUACAGCUUUAUAUCAUGGGGUUUUAGCUCAAUGAGAAAACGCUAACCUCUUCCCACUUAACUUAAAAAAAUGUAACCUGCAAACAACGCACACUUUCGUAUUCGCACAAAAACCACUAAGGAACCAAACUUUCUAAAUUCUAAUUCUAAAUUAUACAUGACAUAAGGAUGCUUUUGGAAGAUUUCUCUGCAAGGUUUUCAUCCAUAGGAAAGGCUAUGGCAUGAAAAGUGUGAACCCAAAGUAUUCCUUUGGGCUUGGACAAAAAUGACAUUGGGAUAAACAAAAGGCGUUUACAAUUGUAAAUAGAACAAUUCAAGUAGGCUACACAGAUUAAUUGGAAUCGGGUGUUUGGCAGAGUAUCCUUACAACUUGUAAGGAUGCCUUCUAAAUAAAACAAACAGUUCAAAAACCUUCUUCUUGUGCCAUUUGGGAGGUAAUGAACCAAUAUGUACAUGUUCCUCUGGAUUACACUUUAAGCAAAGCAACAGGUGUCAAAACAUCAAAGCUCAGUUUGUACAUUUGGUGUACAUUUUGGGGUCAACUUAAGCACAAUAAUUAACAUUUACCCUGCCAGGGUCGAAUCUAGUGAGAAUCAAGGACAAAUCAACGCUUCCUAGGAAUAUAUUACCAGAUAAGCAAGGUAAAACUCACCUGGUCGGUGACAUUGACGUCUGCGUACUCGCAAAAGGCGUAGCCCUUGGAGAAGCAGGUGGCACUGUCCUUCACCAAGUUGAAGGCCUUCAAAGGCCCGAAGGACGUGAGCAGCUCCUUCACCUGCCAAGUGAGGCACACGUACAGUCAGCAGGGGUUGAAGCGCUGGAUACGAGCUCCACAGGAGGCAGAUUUUUUCGGCAAAGGGUAUCUCAAAAACCAGCAGCAUCCAUGAAGUUGCCUUAAAAUGCAAUUAAGUGGGCUUUCAUAUGCAACAUGAACGUGCCGAGAAUUUUAUCAUGCACACCUAGUUGCAGCCAAGCAAUUUAACCGGAUGGAAGAGACAGCUAUAAAUAUAUGCAUGGGUAAUACAGGAGUGAUGCAUCUACAUUUAAAAUUAAUGUAUAAAACAUUUGCAUUGGAAAUUAAAUGCAAGUGUAUGAACAAAUGAAAAUCUAUGUACCACACGAAUAACUCUCGUUGCAAUUGUGGAAAUCACAAUGCACUUGCUUAAACAAACUCAAUGACAGUUUCUAGCGGCACAUUUUGGUGGACAUGUUUUACCAAUAUCUUGCAAGGAAAAUGUUGUGCUAUGCAAAUAUAAAAGCCCACUUAAGUACUAGAUUUUUAAGAUUUGUCAUGGAAAGCUUUAAAGUUCCAAUAUAUUUAAAUAUUUUAAAAAAGGGUUGGGACUCGCCAAGAAUAUAGAUGCAGUGCUUUGCUGCACAUAAGUUAUGCAACAUUUUCAUUGACACUCAAGUCAAGUCCCAAUCCGAGAGGUCACUCACUUAGACGGUUUCAGAAAAUAGUGCAGUUUUGAAUAAAAAAAAGUCGCGAUGUUGGGAAAAUGUAUAUGCAUAUGCUGUUUGUAUGAAAAUGUAGCUGUGAAGUAUGUACCUUAAGAGUGAUGGUUUAACAUAAUAAACUUUACGCCCCCGUUUCA